UCUUUGCAUAGUCCUUUAGUUCAGCGGUUGUGGCAGAGCACUAGUUUCUGCAGGAGGGCUGUCUGUUGUUGAAGUUACUGGGUCACGUCGCAGUAGACCGAGACAAGCAACCAUGACUUCAACCAAUAUGUUUCAGGGACUUGAAACUAGUGGCAAACCAAGUUCAAGGGUACUAAGACCUCCAGGUGGAGGGUCCAGCAAUCUCUUCGGUGGUUAUGAAGAAGACCCUUCUGCCUCCAGACGGCCAAACAAAAUGUCCUCCUCUAUUUUUGCGCCUGCAGAAGAAUCUCAGGGGAGUCCCAAACGCUCCAAUCCCCCAGGUGGAAAGAGCAGUGGGAUAUUUGGGGAGCCAGAGGCUCCUUCGACUCGGAGCAGGGCAACUCACCAUGGUGGAGGAUCCAGUAACAUCUUUGGGGGAGCAGAGUCGACCCCAUCUUCUGUGAAAAGUCAUCCUAACAAACCAAAGGACAACUUAGGUGUGGGUGUACCUGCUACUCCAGAUCCACCAGCCCCGGUGCCUAAGCAGGCGACUGUAGUUGAGGAAAAAGUGAAGGUGGAGCCAGUGUCUCCUCAACCCACACCUGAAAAAGAGGCAGCAGCCCCUGCCCCUGUCUCUGCCCCUGCCCCUGCCCCUGUCUCUACCCCCGCCCCUGUCUCUGCCCCUGCGCCAACAGCCAAUCAGAAAUCUGAGCCAGCCACACAGCAACCAACAGAAAAAGACCAUGAGCCACGCCUCGGACCACGACCUCGCUCUCACAACAAAGUGCUCAACCCACCAGGUGGAAAGUCCAGUGUGGUUUUCUAUUAGCCACAAGUGCUGCUUUCUAUCAUUGUCACUGCCCUUCUUCCAUCUGCUUUUAAUCUGUACUAAAACUUAUCCUCUCUCAUUUACUUUAUCUUUUUGUUAUUUCUUUCCCCUAAAGUCUGUCACUCUUCAUUCCUUUAUUGCUUUUGCACUUUCUGAUUCAUUCCUCACUUUCCCUUUCCAUCUAAUUAGAAUCAACUGUCACUCCGAUAACUGAAGGGUUACGUUUCCUUUAAAAUGGUUUGCAUAUACUGUUGUUUCUCUGUAUGAUUAUGUUCUCUCAAUUUGCUAAUGUAUUAAAUGCAAGUUUGCCUCAAGAAACUCAGUACAGUCUAUGAAGUGUUCAACUGGAACCACUGUUGGUCGCCAAAGCAAGCUCUUCAGUAUCAGUGUGUUCAGAUCUUCCUUUGAAACUCAGUGAAUGUGUUCUGAUGGUAAUGGAAAAUUUAUUUUUGUGCAAUAAGGUGACUUCAUUUCUCCUUUUUCCCCUCUUGCAUUUUUUUU